CCACUCUCAACUACCUUUACUCUCAAGCCAAAUGUCCUUCAUCACCACAUUCUCCAUCAUCACUCUCCCAUCCUCCAUUUGUCCUCAUCAUCACUCUCACAAAAACUCCAAACCCUUUAAAUACCCAAUGCCCUUAUCCAAAUCCAAACCCCUCUUCUCUUUCUUGCACUCCAAAUUCCCACUUCCCCAAAUGGCAACUCUCGUCACCACCACUCCCACUCACAAGAGGGCUCGCCUUAAGGGCGUCGUUUUUGACAUGGACGGAACCCUAACGGUCCCCGUCAUCGAUUUCGUCGCCAUGUACAAGGCCGUCCUUGGCGACGAUGAGUACCGCCGAAUCAAGGCGGAGAGCCCGUCCGGAAUCGACAUCCUGCACCACAUUGAGAGCUGGAGCCCCGAGAAGCAACAGAUGGCCUACGAGACCAUCGCCGAUUACGAGCGUCGCGGCCUCGAUCGCCUCCAAAUCAUGCCCGGUGCAGCAGAACUUUGUGGGUUGCUCAAUGCAAAGAAAAUAAGAAGGGGAUUAAUCACACGCAAUGUUAAGGGAGCUGUUGAUUUGUUUCAUCAACGGUUUGGGAUGACAUUUUGUCCAGCACUAAGCAGGGAAUUCCGUCCUUAUAAACCAGACCCUGCACCACUACUUCAUAUCUGUUCAGAUUGGGAAGUUCUACCAAAUGAAGUAAUGAUGAUUGGUGAUAGCCUUAAAGAUGAUGUGGCUUGUGGGAAGCGAGCAGGAGCUUUUACAUGCUUGCUCGAUCAAACAGGGAGGUAUGACUCCGCUGAAUAUGCCAACGUGGAUCUAAAGCCAGAUUUCAAGGUCUCUUCCCUUACUGAAGUUUACUCGCUAUUGGAAGAACAUUUCGACCUAGCACCAUGAUCUUCAACCUGCAGACCACAAAAACUUCCACAUUUAAAAGGAGAAGCUUUAAUUGUGCUCUAUGAAGGGAUGAAUGUAGGAAAAAAUACUUUUAGGAUGGUUUGUUCUCGUUCUAAGAAAGAUUUCAAAAAAGAUAUCCACCAACCAUGAAAAAAGAGGAUAUCAACAAAAAACAGUACCAAGCAAAAGAUUAUGAAUGGCCCAUUCUUCAAUCAGAACCUGAGUUAGAGAUUCCAACUAAUGUAUUCUGGUGGACAAUGCCCAAUUGUUACUUGCAGGGGCUAUGAGCCUACGAACCACUUUCAGAGAUAUUGAAAUAUGCCUGUCUUGGUCUUGGUGUGGUUCUGAACGGUAUAAGAUGUUUAACCUUUCCAAUUAUUUGUAUGCAAGAUUGUUGCAAAUGUAGAUACAAUUAUUUGUAAGGAUUCGUUUCAAGCAUUUAUCUUUUUGCUGGAUUAGAUACACGUUGUAAUGUUGAAUGAAAACAGCAAUCCAUCCUAUUUUCCUUCUA